AUGCGGGCGCCAAAAGAAUUGGUUCGUGCCUAUUCUUGCUCCAACCUUACAAUCUUCUAUUCAGAAAUCAAACUGAAAAAUUACGGUUGUGAUGCAGUGGAAGUUAUUGAUGAUGGCAGGAAGCACAGCACCUCCAAGAUUUCUACGUUCGAGGAUUUGGCGAGUGUCGCCUCGUUUGGUUUCCGUGGAGAGGCCCUCAACUCCCUCUGUCAUCUGGCGGAUAUAACGAUUCACACUCGGGCUGCUGAUGCUGUAUGCGGCACUCGUCUUGCCUUUGACAACUCCGGAGCCAUCAAGUCCCGUCAGCCGUUGGCCAGAAGUAGAGGCACGACGGUCUGCCUGGAACGUCUCUUCCACACCCUUCCCGUUCGCCGACGCCAUCUGACCGACAAAAUGCGUCUGAUGAAGGAGUUUUCCAAGGCCGUUAAUCUCAUUACUGCGUACUGUCUGGCUAAUGUUGGCCUUCAGAUUUCGUGCUAUCGUUUUGAUGCAAAGGGUGAAAAGGUUCUUGUGGUAUCAAACUCGACUGCGCGUAGUACGGCUGAGAACUUCGCAGCGGUCUACGGCCAAACGCAGCUGAAGGCGCUGAUGGAAAUUCCUUCAGAUUUUGAAGUUACUCCAGAAGUACGCGAGGAGUUCAAUGUCAAAUUGUCUGCAGAAGAGUUAGAUGCUAUACGCCGAUUCCAUCGAACGCCACUUUUCUUUAUGACAAGCUCUGGAAACUUCUUUUAUCAUCGCAGCGUUGCCGGAUUUAUCUCGGCGCCACCUGGCUCAACUGGCACUGCGGGACGGUCAUCGGCGGAUAGGCAGUUCGUCUGUGUGAACGGUCGCCCCUGCGAGUUCCCCCAGGUCACCCGUCUUGCCACUGAUCUCUGGCGUCGAUGCUGCCGUGAGUCGCUGGCCGCUUCUCUUCUUCCCAGUCGCAGUACUACCUCUAACUUUCCAGUGCUGUUACUCCUGAUGGAUCUUCCGCAAGCCAAGGUGGAUGUAAAUUUGUCGCCAGACAAGCGGCAACUGUUACUGCAGUGGGAACGACCGGUGGUAAUGAAGGUGAAGGCUGCUAUCUUGGCGACUCUCUUGCGGGCUCUCGGCAAUUCUGUCAACCUGGACCCUAACUGUCAACGCAACAUUUCGUCUCUGAUGCCAUCUCCAACUGUCGCAUCUACAACAAAACCAGACGGUAAGGAGUCGGUUACCAGUUCACAGGUUGCCGAUACCUCUCUCUCAACAACAGUUGUGUCCACGCAACUCUCCCAGCAGCCUCUCAUAUCCGCUCACCUGACUCAGGUGCCGAACUCUCCCAGCACGCCUCUGCGGAAACGUGCCCGGUCGCCUUCCGAUCAGUUAUCACCGUCAACUGAUAUACCCCCGAAGUCGCCCCUUAGCUCAGAUCUUCUAAAGUCCUUACCAACAGUUAAUACUGUGGAAAGAAGGACCUAUGACAGGCACUUGUCCUCGCUAACUAGAAGAACCGUAAAGGCGCCCUUUUCAAUGAACCGACUGCGCAAGUUUUGGAAAUCGCAGUCACGGGAGGAUACCCAAUCCGAUAAAUCAUCGCCGGCUGCGUCUGUUGGAAAUUUCCGAGCCGGCCUCACUGAACCUGCCGCUGAAUCGGAGUUGACAAUAAGUUUCAGCGGCUGCCCUGGGGAAAGCUAUUUUUUUCCCAUGCCUACCUUUUGUCCUCUUUUCUAUAGUAAAACUUGGUUCGAAAGCAUGCGAGUCGUUGGCCAGUUCAACCGUGGUUUCAUCACCUGCCAGCAUGAACGGGACCUCUUCAUCGUAGACCAGCACGCGAGCGAUGAGAAGAAUCGUUUCGAAUACCUUUUGUCAAAUCAUCAAUUUACAAGCCAACCUCUGGUUGUGUAA